GUCGAUCUCCGCUCAGUCUCAGUGAUCAUCCCGAAGAAGAUAGACGUUGAAACGUACCCGCGAACGAUCGAGACCGUGAUGUUCAGAGCACGCUUGCUAAUCGCACUAUUGUUGUUCAAUUGCCUCCUUAUCAGUACGGUGCGAUGUGACGAGGACAAAUCAUCCUCGGUGGAGGAAUCCUCGCCGGAAGAUGUGGACAAGCACAACCAACAGGUCGGAGAGAGUCUGAUUUCGGCUCAGUUGAACGCCGUGAUCGAUUUGUAUAAGCAGGAAGAUCCCGUUGGGUUACCCGGGGCCACCGUUCCGGAUCCCAUGCCUAUUCCGGAAAUCAAGCAGUCCUUCUCGAUUGCCAAGAUGCACAUGAAGAAUGUGUUGGCCUAUGGGUUGUCCAAGUUUCGCAUCAAGAUGUUCAAAACGGAGCUGAACACGAUGAAGGUUCAAACAGGGGUGCAGAUCGAUGAAAUGCUCGUGAAGGGGAACUACACGAUGAGCACAUUCUUCAAUCGUGCCGAAGGUCCGUUUACGGUGGUGUUGAAGAACGUCAUGACCAAAGGAAACGUAUCCCUAUCGGUUGACCGAGAUGGCAAAGUUCGCACCCAAGACAUCAGCUUGGACAUCGCCUUCGACGACAUGUCGAUGGACUUCCAAAAUCUGGGCUUCAUGGGCAGCAUCUUCCAGAGUGUGGUCAACUCGGCGUCCAACCUGGUGUUCGACACCAUCAAGCCGUUCAUGCUGAGCGAAGCCUACUCGAAAAUUCGCGCCGAAAUCGACACUCGCGUGGAGAACAUGACCACCGAGUACAACAUCGUGUUCCCGAAUUCGAUCUCUCCGCUGGACAUGGCCAUCGGGGAGGCUCGCACACUCGUGCGCAACAAGAAAUUCGACCCGUACCUCAUCCCGGACUACAACACGACGGCCGGGAUAUUCGGAAUGCACACGUCGCACACCUGGAUUCGGGGCGUGUCCAGCUUCUACCGCUACGGAGCCAUCGGCAUCCUAAUGCAGAACAAUACGGUCGCGUUGACGAUGCAGGUCGGUACCCAGCGGAUCAUGGGCUCCACCCAGUGGGAGGUUUCCGUCGGUCGAGGUAUGGUGUCCCGUGCCGGACAGGCUCAGUUCACGGUGGAACACAUCAAGGUAUCGUUCGAGGUGCAACAACCGCUGGAUCUUCGCCGGAAGCCCAAACUCAACGACAUCCAGCUGGAGCUGGGCAACAUACAGGUGCGCUGCGAUGGAGCCGGAACGUUGGACUACGUUGUAGAAGCGGUGGUCAACAUCUUGCCGAACCUGUUGCGCUACCAGAUCAUGGACGCCAUCGAGAAUCCGCUGAAGACUCGCGUCCAGGAGAAGCUGGACUGCAUCAACGUGGAGCAGAUGAUCAAGAAGCACGUGGUCGAGUACGAGAAGCGGGGCUUCGAUAUGGAGGUGGAUUUCAAGCUUUGCUAAGCGCUGGAAUGCGAGGGAAUUUUGGAAUAGAUUUUUUUUACUACAGUUAAGUUUUAGGUUCGAAAAAUAAAACAUAAUAAUUUCAAAUCAUUAUCUA